AUGCCGUCCAUGGUCCCGUCACGAAGUGAGUCCCUAUAUGUGUUGAACCAAAUAAUCAUAUCGCCUUCGGACACCGAUUAUCUAGAUCAAUUGAUUCCCUCUAUUAAAGAGUACAGCGUCGGCAACAAAACGUCCGAGCUACUACGCUCCCUCUCUAAGUUUGCCAGCGACAAAGAGGCGGAGAUUGAGAAUAUCUGCAAUACAAAUCACCAAGAAUUUGUUUCUUCAGUUAAUCAGCUUCUUCACAUUCGGGAAGGCACUGUUAGCUUGACAGCGGAGAUUCUCGACCUCAAUCAAUCCAUUCAGGCAAGUACAGAGAAGUUGGCCGAACAAAAGAAGGCCUUAGUAGAAUCGCGACAGCAUCGUCUAAAUAUCGACGAGACGUCGCGCGCGAUUCAGGAUUGCCUUGAAGUCCUCCGUCUUGCAAACCAGGUCCACGACCUUCUAGCAAAGAAAAACCAUUACGCGGCACUCCGUGCCCUCGAGGAGCUUCAGAAUGUCCACCUCAAAGGCGUGACCCAAUUCCAGAUUGCGGACAUGAUCCAGCGCUCCGUUCCAGCAACUCAAAGAGCGAUAGCCGAGGCAGUGAUGUCGGACCUCAAUACUUGGCUAUACAGAAUCCGAGAAAUGUCACAGUAUCUUGGAGAAAUAGCAUUGUAUCACACGGACUUACGGAAGACCAGACAAAAAGAACGAGCUGCAAGAUUGCCGUAUCUGGAGCAUUUCAAACUGAAUUCCGCCAUUGAAUUGGUUUGCGACGAGCACGAAGAAUUUGACCUUCUACAGAAUGAAGAGCUCCAGGUUGAUUUCACCCCGCUCUUCGAGUGUUUACAUAUCCAUCAGUCCCUGGGUCAAAUGGAAAAGUUCAGGGUCGAAUAUGCAAAUACGCGCCGUCGGCAAAAGGAGCUUCUUAUACCGGCCUCUGUUACAUUAGUGGACGAUGAUGGGGCAAGCCUGCAUAAUCUUCUAGAAGAAAUGGCAGGCUUCGCAAUCGUUGAGCGUGCUACCAUGAAGAAAGUCCCAGACUUAAGAUAUCCAGUUGAUGUUGAUGAACUGUGGGAAUCAAUGUGCCAUACUGCAGUUGGUCUAAUAUCAACAGCUCUCCAUGAGGUUGACAAUGCGGAGAGCUUGCUAAAAACCAAAAAUCUCAUUGCGCUCUUUAUGCAAACAAUGAAUACUUGGGACUUUGCGAUGGGAGCUUUUGAAGACUUACUCCUUACCUUGUUCAAAAAAUAUGCUGAAUUGCUUAAAAAACGGUUCAGCGACGAUUUUCAAGAGAUCGUUUCUACCGAUGAUUAUAUGCCAAUGCCGAUUCAGACGCCCGAGGAAUUCGAUAAGGUACUCAACGUAAGCUGGUAUACACCCAGCGAACCGCAGGAACAAGCCUUUCCCUGCGUUUUGCCAUUCUCUCAAAUGUACCCGUUAUGCUGCAUUGAUAUCCGCAAUUUCCUCAAUCAAUUUUAUUUUUUUGCGAACGACGACUUCACAAACCCUGAUAUAAUCGACGCGACGUUAAAGGAUGCAUUAGAUGAGCUUCUCUCUAGCAAAGUCUGUGACACUCUCGUUGAGCGCCUCAACUCCCAGUAUCUGGGGCAAAUUGUGCAGAUACUUAUCAAUCUGGAACACUUCGAACAUGCAUGCCAUGAACUUGAGCUCUUGCUUGCCGCAGCCAGAUCGCAGAACUUCUCCAGCGAACCAGUAGCAUUGAAAGCGACAGGCAAGUUCCGAGAUAACAAAAAGGCGGCGGAGAAGCGCAUAUUUGAAGUGGUUAAUUCAAAGAUUGACGACCUCAUUGAGACUGCAGAAUACGACUGGACGGCCGCUGCAGCUCCCACGGAGCCAAGUAAUUACAUGCAAACUCUUACACGUUUUCUCUCCAAUAUUAUGAAUUCAACGCUUCUUGGGCUUCCCAAAGAGAUCAAAGAACUCAUAUACUUCGAUGCGCUCAGUCACGCGUCAACCAUGAUCCUCGCCCUCCCGCUUUCAGCGGAAGUGAAAAGAAUUAACCCUAACGGAGUGAUGGCUCUCGCCAAAGAUGUUGAAUACUUAUAUCAAUUCGUCGACAGUCUCAACAACCCCAUUCUUCGAGAGAAUCUAGAUGAACUGCAACAGACGGUUCAGCUAAUGCAAGCGGAGAACGCGGACGAAUUUUAUGACAUAUCCAUGCGAAAUAAAAAGUAUGGGCGUGUAGAUGCGAUCAACGGCCCUACUUUAUUGGAGAAACUUACGCACACGGUUCAGAGCCCUGUGAAGAUGGACAAAUUUUCAACGUUAUCGUCAAGAUUCGGGAAAAAGUAGCAUGGCUAGCGUUUAUUACUCUUCUAAUUUUACUGUUGUAUCACCGAUAACGCAAAGAAGUAAAUAAU